AUGACUGCAUGUAGAUCGAUGGAUGAUUGUGCUCAGUUGUUGUGGACUCAAAGGGUCAUGUUUACAAGUAAUUAUCUUGCACGGCUGGUAGGGCUUUUCAAGAUAUUGAAGGUUGGUACUUUCUUAUUGCCAUCUAAGCUGAUCAGUUUUUUUCUGUUGGGUGUUGUACCAUUCUCGAAAGACGUUUAUCGGUUGAAGCAACUUAACGUUGGUGGUGUCGUCACUCUUAAAGAGCCGUAUGAAACUCUGGUUCCCACUUCCUUUUAUCAAGCUCAUGACAUAGACCAUCCUGUUAUUCCUACGCGAGACAUAGCCCAUCCUAGAAUGCAACCCGUUGUAGAACCGCAUACAUGCACUGCAAAGGUAGGAAAGAAAGGAGUUGAAUACAGAUACAUGACCUCUAUUGCUGCAUUGGAGUAUGUGAGGUCUAGGCGACCUAGAGUCCUCUUGGCACCGUCUCAAUGGAAGGUUAAGCCCCCAUAUGUUCCUUAA